AUGAAUACAACAACAAGAAGCUCGGACUUUCAACACAUGCUCUUCGUGCCCUGGGAACAAAAAUGUCGUUCAAACAACUCAGAUUUUUUUGCCGCAAGAAGAUUCCUGGACGCUCUUUUGAUAUCGCUACAAAAAUCAAUAGCCUUGGUCAUCACGUCGUUCAAUAUUUCACAGCCCAAACAAACACUUUCCCCAAUUCCUGUGGAUCUUAUUAUCGCCUCUCUGACGACAACUCAAUACUUGCAAGCCAAUGUUCUAAAUGGGGUUACAGUCAAUCAAGGUAUUAUGUUGGUAAAUGGCAUCAUGCAGGACGCCAGUCUAAUGAUCGUUUGUUCGACCUCUUGGCAUUUGUUCGUGUCAAAGCUCACUGGCUCGUAUCAAACGUGGCCAACGGGCGUUGGGAAUGCGACGAUUACAUCUCAAGAUACGGGUACGCGGUUUCUGCUGGUGAUUUUUGGAAGAUUUUUGUCCGCUAAAUAA